CGGUGCUGCCUCCUCCCGGCGGGAGCCGUGCAGACGCCGUCCCGCGCCGCCAUGGCCGAGGAGAAGCUCUUCAAGGCGGAGUACGCGAAGAGCGGACGGGCCUCCUGCAAGAAAUGCGGCGAGAGCAUCGCCAAGGAGUCGCUGCGGCUGGCCAUCAUGGUGCAGUCACCGAUGUUUGAUGGGAAGGUGCCCCACUGGCACCACUACGCCUGCUUCUGGAAGCGAGCACGGGUGGUGUCCCCCUCGGACGUGGACGGAUUAUCAGACCUUCGCUGGGAUGACCAAGAGAAGAUUAAAAAGGCCAUCGAGACCGGCGGGACAGGAGGAGGAAAAGGUGGUGAGCAGGGAGACAGUAAAGGGGAGAAGACCUUGAUUGACUUUGCAGUGGAGUACGCUAAAUCAAACAGGAGCACCUGUAAAGGCUGCAGUGAGAAAAUAGAAAAGGAUACUGUCCGUGUCUCCAAGAAAAUGAUUGAUCCGGAGAAGCCACAGCUGGGGAUGAUCGAUCGCUGGUACCAUCCUGCCUGCUUCGUGACCAACAGAGCAGAACUGGGCUAUCUGCCCACCUACAGUGCCACUCAGCUGAAGGGCUUCAGCACUUUGAGCGCAGAAGACAAGGCAGCACUAAAGAAACAACUACCAGCUGUCAAGAGUGAAGGGAAAAGAAAGGGAGAUGCAGUCGAUGGGGAAGCGACAGCCAGGAAGAAAAAUAAGAAGGAAGACAAAAUUUCAAAGCUGGAAAAGGAGCUGAAGGAACAGAGCCAGCUGAUCUGGAAUAUUAAGGACGAAUUGAAGAAGUGCUGUUCUACCAACGAUCUCCGAGAGCUUUUAAUUGCCAACAAGCAAGAAGUGGCUUCAGGAGAGGCAGCUAUCUUGGACCAGGUGUCGGACGGGAUGGCGUUCGGAGCACUGCUGCCCUGUGAGGAAUGCAAAGGGCAGUUGUUGUUGAAAGGGGAUGCCUACUGCUGCACUGGUAACAUCACUGCCUGGACCAAGUGUAGUGCCAGCACCCAGACGCCCGCUCGCAAGGACUGGCUCACUCCGAAGGAAUUCCAUGAGAUUCCCUACCUGAAGAAGUUCAAGUUCAAAAAGCAUGUCCGGAUAUUCCCGCCUGCCGUCCCAGCGUCGAGCGCCGAAAUUCCAGCCUCUACUGAUCCUGCCAUUCCCUUGGAACCUGCAGGUUUUCCUCUCGCAGACAUGAAGGUCCUCAUCCUGGGAAAGCUCUCAAAGAAGAAGGACGAGCUGAAGACCCUGGUGGAGGAGUUUGGAGGGAAAAUCACAAACACGGCCAGCAAAGCCAAGCUGUGCAUCAGCUCUCAGAAGGAGUUGGACAAAAUGUCGAAGAAGAUGGAGGAGGUGAAGGAAGCCAAUGUCCGUGUGGUUUCCGAGGAUCUCCUUGACGACUUGCGGUCUGGGAAAGGCCUUCAGGAAUUGUUGUCGGUGCAUGGGAUCUCAUCGUGGGGAGCGGAGCUCACCCCUGAGGUGGUGCCGGAGCCCCCUGUCGCGGGGAAAUCCACCGGCAGUAAGGUUACAAAGAACUCCAGUGGUAAAGCCAAGCAGGAGCAAGAAUCCGGCAAAUCGGAGAAGAAGAUGAAGCUGACGGUUAAAGGUGGGGCAGCAGUGGACCCUGACUCUGGGUUGGAGGAUUCGGCUCAUGUCUUUGAGCAGGGUGGCAGGAUCCUGAGUGCUACUCUGGGCCUGGUGGAUAUAUCCCGCAGUCAGAACUCCUACUACAAGCUGCAGCUGUUGGAGGACGACAACAAAAAGAGGUACUGGGUCUUCAGGUCCUGGGGCCGAGUGGGGACCACCAUCGGCGGCAACAAGCUGGAGAAGAUGUCCUCCAAAGAGGAGGCCGUCGACCAUUUCCUGGGCCUCUACGAGGAAAAGACGGGCAACGCCUGGCACUCCAAAAACUUCACCAAAUACCCUAAAAAGUUCUACCCGCUGGAGAUCGACUACGGCCAGGAUGAGGAAGCCGUGAAGAAACUCACUGCGAAUUGUAAUACCAAAUCCAAGCUGGACAAAGCAGUCCAGGACCUCAUCAAGACCAUCUUCGAUGUAGAGAGUAUGAAGAAAGCCAUGGUGGAGUUUGAGAUUGACCUUCAGAAGAUGCCCCUGGGUAAACUGAGCAAGAGGCAGAUCCAGAGUGCGUAUGCCAUCCUCAGUGAGGUGCAGCAGGUUGUGGCUAACAAUGGGGCGGAGUCUCAGAUAUUGGACCUGUCCAAUCGCUUCUACACACUCAUCCCACAUGACUUCGGAAUGAAGAAACCACCUCUCCUGAACAACGAAGAUUAUAUCCAGGCCAAGGUGCAGAUGUUGGACAGUCUCCUGGACAUUGAGGUCGCCUACAGUCUCCUCCAAGGUGGCAAGGAAGACGACGCCAAGAACCCCAUCGACGUCAACUACGAGAAGCUGCACACACAGAUCAAGGUUCUGGCCAAGGAGACAGACGAAGCCAAGUUAAUCGUCGAGUAUGUUAAAAACACACACGCUGUGACACACAACCAGUACGACCUGGAAGUGAUGGAGAUCUUCAAGAUUAAGCGCGAGGGGGAGGAAGAGCGUUUCGAGCCCUUCAGCGAGCUCCACAAUCGACAGCUGCUCUGGCACGGCUCACGCAUCACCAACUUCGCCGGCAUCUUGUCACAGGGUCUCCGCAUCGCUCCCCCAGAGGCCCCUGUGACCGGCUACAUGUUUGGUAAAGGAGUCUAUUUUGCUGACAUGGUUUCCAAAAGUGCCAAUUACUGUCACGCAUCACAGGCCGAGCCUGUGGGGCUCAUUCUGCUCGCAGAGGUGGCUUUGGGAAACAUGCACGAGUUGAAACGAGCGAAUCAUAUUACAAAGCUACCGAAAGGCAAACACAGUGUGAAAGGCAUCGGCAAGACUGCUCCGGAUCCUAAUGCCACGGUCAAGAUGAAUGGAGUGGACAUCCCAUUGGGAAAGGGUGUCCAAACACAAGUCACCGAUUCCAGUCUCCUGUACAACGAGUACAUUGUCUAUGAUGUGGCCCAGGUGAAUCUGAAGUACCUUCUGAAACUGAACUUCAAGUUCAAAACCUCACUCUGGUGAACGCACUGCUUCUUUGGAACCUCCGCUCCCUAAAUAAAUUUAAAAAAACACCAUUUGCAAAAUUCCAGGCUACCGGGGGCAGUGAAGGAUGGGAGGGGGAGGUUGCAUCUUGCAAAGGUUUGUUGGGGGGGGGCUGAAUAUCAGAUCUCCCCUUCAUCUGCUCAGCUGAGCUGUGCUGGGGGGGAGGUGGGGAGGGGAGCAGAGAGCUUUGGUAAGCUGGCGUGGUUGGGAAUGGUGUUAAUAUGGCACCCUACCCCCAAUCGACAAACUGACAAAAGCCAUAAAUUAGGAUGAUUGUUGUUAGAAUUCUUUUUUUAUAUAUAAAAAGGAAAAUGUGCAAGGCUGACUACAUAUUUUUGGGUUUGAGUGUCAUAAUGGCUGUUAGUUUUAAUUCAGCCAGUCAAGUGGCUUUACUGACUGUUGGGAAGCAUUUACUUUACUUGUGAAAGUCCUGACUGGGAGGAGAGAGGGAGGGAACCCACCUUUAUUAAGGCAGGCAGAUCCAGCACUGUCUGGUUUUGCUUUGUAUUUGCUACCUUCCCUUCAUUUGAUGGGCAUUUUUCUUUCUCUAUAACUUCAUCCUUCACUUCAAUGUUUUGUUUUUCCAUUUUAUAUUAGGUGAGGAAUAAAGGACGGCUUUAAAACAAAAA